AAUCAUAAUACUAUGGGGGGAAUUCACAAAAGUGUCGGUAAAAAAAGUAACCCAGAAGUGGCGGUCGACAAAUUUGUAAAAUGUCGUAUGUACGUCAAAUUCACAAAGGGAGAUGUCACUGUCUUUGAAUCUCUCGUAAGUCCGGCAUUUUUAUAAAAUGUCGUAUAUAUUUUGUCGGUGGAACGACGGUUUAGUUAAAUUGUCGUAGUUACGUCAAAUUCAAGAAAAAAGGCGCAAUCACUGUACAACUGAUUAAAAUAAUGUCGUUAGAACGAAUAAAUAUGUCGUGUACCCGAAAGAACAUUUCCUAGCACGACAACUGCAGAAUAGCUUCACGUCACGUUGUAGAUGAGUUCUGUCACUCAGAGGAAGCUGCUUAAUCCUGAGGAGAUUUCGUUUUUCCGAAGAUAUUGUUCCUGAGGUUAUUCUAUAUAUAUUUAAAAUUUUCUAUUUAGAUUUCCUGGUUUUGACCUUGGCUUGUUUCUGGACACUGUUGCCUGCUGCCUGACCCGACCUUUGGCCUGUUUACUGGACUCUGUUUUUGCCUGCAGAUUCUUUUCAUCACAGGCUAGUAUAUUUAUAUUUUCUAGAAGCACCUGUUGUGUUGUUUUCAUUAAAUAUGGCAUUACUUCAUUCUCACUUUAAGACAGGGUUCUGUUAUUUACAGGUUUACCCUAAGUUCCUCAAUAUAAAGUCUCCCAUCUGAUUGCUUUAGUUCUCUGUCUGUUCUUUACAUUUAUUCACUUAGGAGUUAUGUGACCAUAUAAAAUCACAAAACACGGUUUCUUCCACACUUGACUUACUUCGCUCUGGGUGCAUCCAAUCCUCAGCUGCCCUCAAGUCAGCCAAAUUGUUCAGUCUUUGAAAAGCAGGGUAUGAAGCACACCGAUGGUAAGUGGUGUGUGGAAGAAACCGUGUUUUGACCUGAGGAAGGGGUUGUUCCCCUGAAAGCUUGUGUAAUAAUUUUCUGCUGAAUGAAAUGUUUUAAGGCAAUGCCAAUGGAUGUUGUGCUUCAUACCCUGUUUUUCAAAUACAUAUAAAAUCACAAGCCAGUGGGCCAAGUGCUAUUAUACAGGUCACUUAACUCUUAAUUUUUAUUGUGAUUGCUACUGGUGGGGGUAAUUAGAGCAUGAUCUGACACUGAGGUCAAAGAUGAGAGACAGCUACACAGGAGGCUGAGCAUGGGAAUUUGAAGUUGGCCACUGAUGUAGGAAUGCCCUGUUUAUAACAAAAGUAACAGUUAGAUCCCAUGGCAAAAUUACCAAACUAAAUAUGUUUUGUAUGCAUUUAUAUGCACUUUGAAUUAUGGCAGAUAUAUAGCUGCAGAUAUUUAGCUGCCUAGGACACAGAUAUAGGAUGGUGCUGAGGAGGAACCUGUUAUGCCAACCCCUAGACUGGACAUUGCACUAGGCUUUCAUGUGAAUGCUAUUAUUGCACAUGUAAUUCACUACCAUGUAUGUAUGUGCAGUAAUGAAUGUGUUAAGGAUGGAUGGGUUGGCUAGGGUGUCUAGGUGGCCUGGCCUACCACUGUUUUGAAUGUUUCAUUGUUGUAAUAAAAGUUUUUCUUUUCUUUUUAGAUUAUGGAAAUUAUAUUUCCCUCACUGUUUUUCUUCCAUUUAAGAAAGAAAAGAAUGGAAAAAGUCGAUAAGCCUUUUAAUAAUGGAAAGCAAGUUAAAAGGCGCAAAUGCCAGAAGAUAAAAAUGUUUCGUGACCGAGUGACGCUGGUGGACCUAACGGACACUGAGAUUAAGGAUCGAUACAGGCUAAACACUGUGGAGAUUCUAUCGCUGUAUGAUGUGCUGAAAGUGAAUUUGUGCAAGCCAACUAAAAGAUCUCACGCCAUCCCUGGCCUUGUACGUUUGCUGUUGGCAUUAAAUUUUUUUGCAAAAGGUGACUUUCAAAGUUGCAUAGCAGUGAUUGGCGGUGUGUCUCAAAGCUCUUGCAGCCGCUCAUUGGAUGAAGUUUUGAAAGCAAUUAUGUUAGUUUAUAAAUCGUAUGUCUACUUUCCUUCUGACAGCAGUUAUUUGAAUACAGUUAAAGGAAAAUUUUAUGAGAUUGGCGGAUUUCCUAACAUUGUGGGAAUUAUAGAUUGUACACACAUUACACUAUGCCCACCUGCUGACCUGGAGCACAUUUACAGAAAUCGGAAGAGCUCCCACAGCAUUAAUGUCCAGCUUGUGUGUUCCUUUAAUCUAAAAUUUGUGGAUAUAGUUGCUAAAUUCCCAGGCUCUUCUCACGAUUCGUAUAUCUUGUCAAAUUCAUCUUUGUCUGAACGUUUUCAACAGGGCGAAUUCAAAGAUUCGUGGCUAUUAGGAGAUUGUGGAUAUCCGUUAAAAACUUGGCUGAUGACGCCAGUGUGGCGGCCUAAGAAUGCAAAAGAAAAAAACUACAACCGAGUCCAUGCUACAACAAGAUGUAUAAUUGAAAGAGCAUUUGGAAUCUUAAAGAGCAAAUUCCGUUGUUUGGACAUCACUGGGGGGUCACUACUGUACUCGCCUGAAAAGGUGUGCUACAUUGUUGUAGCGUGUGUUGUUUUACAUAAUAUCAUUAUACAAAGGGUCCAAAAUGAUGUAUGUGAAAUCCAACCAGCAUGUGAAGAAAACACUGACCUUCAAAUGCAUGUUGACCAGAAUGAAGCAAUUAUCACAAGGAACGAUUUGAUUCAACGAUUUUUUUGAUUGAUUCACUUGAC